AUGCAUUCAGAACUCAAAGAAUACGCCCAUCGCCGAGGAACGACCGGAAACUAUGCGGAUAAUCUCGAAGUUGACGCUCUGAUCGUCGGUGCUGGCUUUGGUGGUGUUUUUGUCUUGCACGAGCUACGAAAGCUGGGCCUGAAGACGGUCAUCUUCGAGGCGGGCAACGACUUGGGUGGUACUUGGCGCUGGAACAAUUACCCUGGUGCUCGUGUUGAUUCUGAAGUCCCUGAGUACGAGUACUCCAUCCCUGAAGUCUUUAAAGACUGGACAUGGACGACCAAUUAUCCCAAUUAUCAAGAUCUUCGAGCCUACUUCGCUCACGUGGACAAAGUUCUUGACAUCAAGAAAGACUGUGCUUUCGAUAGUGUUGUGGUUGACGCUAAGUUCGACGAGUCCGAGGGGAAAUGGACUGUAAAGACAGAAGACGGCCGUACUGCAAAGGCCAAAUACCUCGUCGUUGCUGCCGGGUUCGCCGCCAAACGCUACAUCCCUGACUUCAAGGGCAUUGACUCAUUCAAAGGCACCAUUCACCACUCUUCUUUCUGGCCUGAGGAAGGCGUGGAUGUUAAGGGAAAGAAAUGUGCUGUCAUUGGGACUGGUGCUUCUGGGGUGCAGAUUUCCCAGGAAUGGGGACCGGAAGUUGGAUCCUUGAAAGUCUUUCAGCGAACGCCCAACCUUGCCUGUCCCAUGGGCAAGAAGCCUUUGACUCAUGAGGAACAACAAGCCUCCAAGAAACAUUAUCCCCGUCUCUACGAGCUUCGCGAGAAAUGCUUUGGUGGUUUCCUGUUCAGCUGGAGCGAGAAGAACACCUUUGAAGAUAAUUACGAAGAGCAAGAAGCCUUCUACCACAAGCUCUGGGACCACGGUGGAUUUGGAUACUGGCUUGGGAACUACAAGGAUAUGUUGAUUGACCCCAAGGCUAAUCGCCGCGCCUAUGACUUCUGGGCCAAGCACGUCCGCGACCGCAUUGGCGAUCCACGAAAGCGUGACCUUCUCGCUCCUCUUGAGCCACCCCACGCCUUCGGGGUGAAGCGACCUUGUCUGGAGCAGAAUUUCUACGAGCAGUUCAACCGCUCGAAUGUGGAUAUUAUUGACAUUAAUAAGACGUCCAUUGCUGAGUUCAGACCAGAGGGAAUUCUGACCAGUGACGGAACACUCCAUGAAUUCGACGUAAUUGCCAUCGCCACCGGCUUCGACAUUGUCACUGGAGGUAUGACAAACAUGGGACUUCAGAGUGUCAAAGGCACCCCCUUGAAAGAGGAGUGGAAAUCAGCAGCAAACACCUACCUGGGCACCACCAUCAGCGGAUACCCCAACAUGUUCCAUCUCUACGGCCCCCAUGGUCCCACACUCCUCUCCAACGGACCGUCCAGUGUCGAAGUCCAAGGACGCUGGAUCGCCGACGCGAUCAAGAAGAUCCAUCGCGAGGGAUUGAAGUUCGUAGACCCGACUCCAGAAGCUUCGGCUGAGUGGAAACAGAAAAUCAAUGACCUGAGUAAUGCGAGUCUGUUUCCAACAACUAGGAGUACGUAUAUGGGAGGCAGUCUGCCUGGGAAAGCAUUCGAGCAGACCAAUUGGGCGGGAGGCAUCCCGGCCUACAAGGACACGAUUAGGGCUGCGUUACCGGAGUGGAAGGGGUUCAGGGUUGUUACUUAA